AUGGCCGUCACAUCGCUCAGCGGCGUGCUGAUGAGCCAGAAGUGGUACCUUCUGGUUGCUGCUGUCAUCACUUACAUCGCAGUCAAAUGCACGUUUCGCAGGUUCUUCCACCCAUUGGCGAAAGUCCCAGGUCCCUUCCUUCCAGCCGUCACGAAGCUCUACCAGUCCUACUACCAUGGUCGCUACUAUCUCCAGAUCGAAAAGCUGCACCAGCAAUAUGGCCCGAUUGUGCGCAUCACUCCGAGUGAGGUGCACAUAGCAGACGCAGAAUGCUACGAUAAGAUCUACUAUGUCGGGACCAAGUACUGGAAAUCGCCCAACUUCUACAAUGCGCUCUGCGUCCCGUAUGCCAUGUUUGGCACGCCCUCGAACGACGUCCACAAGAUCAGAAGAGGAGCCAUGAACCCGAUGUUCUCGCGGCAGAAGGUGCUGGAUCUGGAGGGCAUUGUACAAGAGAAAGCAAGCAAAACAGUCGUUCUGCACCAUGCCUUUCGUGCUGUGUCGAUCGAUGUGAUUUCAGACUUUGCUUUCGACCGAUGCUACAACUUUUUAGACAAGGAAGACACCGGCGCCCAUUUCUUCGAAAUGGCGCGAGGUAUCGGACCUGCGCUUUGGGCCUUUCAGCAGUUUCCCAGUCUGCAGAAGCUAGCGUUGAAGACGCCACCCUGGAUGGCGCCGUACCUGUCGAAGCCGCUGGGAUAUGUCACAAGCAUGCAGAUCGAAUGCGUGAGGCAAGUCCAAGGCGUGCAGCAGAAGAUGCGCGAGAAGAAGGACCUGGGCAGACAGACCAUCUUUACAACACUUCUGACAGAUAAUGGUGAUAAGCCGGAAGGCUAUCAGAUACCGACGGCAUGGGAGCUGAAGGACGAGGCAUACAGUGUGCUAGUGGCUGCAUCGGACACAACUGGGAAUGCGAUGACAGUGGCAGCUUUCAAUGUGCUACAUAACCAGGAGAUUUACAAAAAGCUGGUAGCAGAGCUGGAAGACCGUUUUCCGCAUCAAACCACCGACUUGCCCUUCGUUGAGCUCGAGAAGCUGCCAUACCUUACCGCCGUAAUCAAAGAAGGCCUCCGCCUGUCCUUCGGCGUCAUCGGCCGCCUCCCUCGCGUCGUCCCAGCCAGCGGCGCAACCUUCCACUCCCACUACCUCCCCCAAGACACCAUCGUCUCUAUGUCCUCCUGGCUGAUGCACCGCGACCCAUCCGUCUUCUCAUCACCCAAUACCUUCUCUCCCGAACGCUGGCUCAUCUCCGACGCCGAGUCUCGCCGCUUAGACCGGAACUUGGUUCCCUUUGGCAGGGGAAGCAGACAAUGUGUCGGGAUGCCGCUAGCGUACACGGAGCUGUAUGUCACGCUUGGGACGUUGUUUAGGCGGUUUCCGAGCGGGAUGAGGGUGUGGAGUGAGGGGACGAAGGAGGUUAUUGGGGAUUAUGAGGAUUUCUUUAGUAGUUAUCAUCCUUAUGCGAAGAGGGACGAUUGGUUCAAGGCUUGGGUGCCGGAGGGGAGGGAGUAA